GUCGACGCCAAUGUUCCUGUAGCCUCUGUUGCUUUCCGAUCUUCUGCCUGAAUAUCCGUUGGUCUGAAAAUACGGGCUUGUCUCAUCCAUUACUUGGCACAGUUUUGAUCGGUCUCUGUAGUGCGCUCCCUUCAACGCAAUCUGUCAAAAUCGCCAAAACAUAUGAAUAUCUCCACAAGCUUCCGAUGACUUCUGGAUAUUCGCCUAUAUCACGACUGUCCAAUGAGCUUCUCUCCGAGAUAUUCUUGCACCUGCGACCGGACUCUGAAGAACGCUGGAACGGUGUCAUUUCUGUUCAAGGCUCUUACUAUCGGCUGGAAGGAAACGGCAGCAGUGACUCCACGGCGCUGCUGACCAUCCUGCGUGUAUGUUCACACUGGCGGCAGGUGGCGCAGUCAUUCAGUGGUUUAUGGAGCGAUCUCAGGAUUAUAGACAACGACCCUACACUCCUUGACUUCAUGCUGCAGUUCGCAAAAAAUGUGACCAUUGAUCUCCCCAAACUGAUCAUAUCUAUCGAUGGCCGUAACGGCAAGCUUGUUCGCGACCACCUCGCUCAUACCAGGGAGCUGUAUCUGCAGUCCUACUCCGAUGAUUUUGGAGAAGAUGGAGUUAGGUCGAGUCUGGAGGAGAUGGCUGAACGGGUAUUAGCUCCCGACGCCACGCCAGUCUUGGAGAUUUUAAGGCUCAAAAAUGUCGGUCAAUAUUUCUGGGACUCUUCUUCCAUACCCACCAUCACUGCCCUCGACAUACCACCACGUCUCAAGUCCCUAUCCCUCCAAGACAUCUGUGUCAGCAUGCGACAGGGGUUUCAAACCACUAGCAUCACGUCAUUCAGUGUCAAUCCGGCCCCUCCGCCCUGGAAGUGUACCGAGAGUGAUGGAUUAUUCGACGUACUCACGUGCAUGCCCAAUCUUUCUUGCCUUACUCUCGAUUAUGGCUGCUAUACCCCGCGCGUCAGAUCGUCGCCAAGAUCUCCACCUGUUGAUCUUCCCCAUCUUCGAGACCUCACCUUCAUAUGCAGCCCCGCAUAUUAUCUAUACAUGUGCCCAUCACUAUCCGUUCCUACGUCUACCACGAGAAAAAUCCACUUUACCGACUUCGCCAUUUUCGAUAAAUAUGACGUUCCACCUGGGACGUUCUUGCAGCUAUCGUAUGAGAAGCCGACCAGGCAGCUACUCGAUGCUUGUCUGGACGAGUUCUAUAGCAGCCUUGCGAACUCGUUCACCCAGCGGGCUUCCGUCAACCAGACUUCAGUAUGUCAGGUUGCGUACUCGGUCAAGGGUCACGGAAGACAUGGCGAAGUCACCGUUAAGGUCAAGGUGACCGCCGGGGCGUCGUCCCGGAGCAAUCUUAUUGAUUCCACCAAACUCGCUCCCAGCUUCGACCCCUGCGGAGGUCCCGAACUCGUCUUCAGCGUCGAAGUUUACCAUGGGUACGGUAGAAUCGACGAAGUAUUGGAGCGCGCUCUUUCCUUCGUUUCCUCCAUCUCAAACAUGUUUCCUACGGAUCUCGUUGAUUCAUUCCACUUCACGUCUGAUCUCCCCAUUGCGUCCCCCGACCGGCCUGUCCCUCAUUGGAUCCCUAGCUUCCUCAACUGGACAAUUUGCUUCACAUCGAAGGCACUGGUGCCAGCGCCUGGUUCGCACCUCAUCUCAGACUCCAGAGGAAGCAGGGCACAACACCGUCCAUGUCUGUCUUCCCUAAGCUCAAAGAACUCGUCCUACAGAAAGUCAACACAUAAUUUACGGAAGGCGACAUGCCUAACCUUAGGGCUAUUCGCAAUGACCUCGAGGACGUCAUGCGAGUCAGAGCGGAGACAAAAGGGCAGAAGUUGAAGAGGUUGGAGGUCGUGAAUUGCGGCUUCAGGAACCUGAAGGGGUGGGUUGAACAGCCUGAGAUCACAAAGCAAGAGUGGGUAGAAGAUGGAAAUGUCGUCUGGGAUAGAGAUGAAGACGAAGAAGGGUAUGGAUACGAGCCGGGGACUCUUAUCGCAGAGUAAAGUUACAAGACACUGCAAUUCAACAAUAGGGUAAUGUCCCUAGUGAUGAUUCGGGCAUACUUGUAGCGGUGUAAAUUCAAGUAAAU